AACAAGUUCGAAGUGUCAUCUUCAUGAUUUACCAAUUCCAUGGCUGCUGGCUGGAGAAAAGAGAGGAGGAACAGUCUCUUCAGCAAUAUCGUCGCACCCAUGGAAGAAUACCAGCGACUGCUGGCAGAAUUUAGUAAUUCUGAUUUGAGCAGCAUAUCUGAUGAUGAUGAUGACUGGCCUUCAUCUCCACUUCGGCGCAGAGAACUCUUUCAUGAACUAUGUGCCAACACUGAGAGUUCAGCAUCUGAGUCUGAUGAAGAGAACAACAGAGAUGGAAAUGUUACCACCAGGUCCCCUGAAGUUACAAGUAGCACUGCAGCUGCCCAGACGGGACCCAGCAGAAAUCUCAAUACUAAGGGAUGUCAUCAUUUCAGAGAAAUAUAA